CCCAAAAUGGGUGAAAAAUCUUAUUAGAGUUUUUGGAUAUUUGUAUUAUUAUUUGAUUAGAUUUGAAAAUGGGAUUUGGGUGUUUAGGGUAUUGGGGAUAAAAUAACCCCAAAGUUUGUAAAUGGCGGAUUAGGAUUUUUGGUUCACUUAUUAAUGUUCAUUUUUCUAUUUGUUUGUGAUUGAAAAUAUGUAUUGUUAGGUCUUGUUGAAUAUUCAAUUGAAUCGAUAAUGAAUGUUUAUUGAUAGAUAAAAAUAAAGAAUGAUCGGGAAUGCCUUGAAUAUUAAGUUGGGUGCCGUUUUUGCAAAUACACAAUAUUAUCAAAUAAUGAACUCAAUCUUAGGGUUUAAUGGAUUUUUAUUGAUUGAAUGUAGUAGGAUGGCUUCAAUCAUUGCAUAUUAUUUUACUUUGUUAAUAAAAAAAUCUUUUAUGCUCAUACAUGAGUGUAGUGUUGGUCAUGGAAAAUACCCAAUAGUAAAGGGUUUUUCUACACCCAUCUAGAAGAUUUAAGGUUAUGCAAUCUUGUAGGAAAAAACCCCAAAUCUAGAUUUAUAGCAUACGAUUUAUGAUUAUGCUAAAUCUAUUUUAUUUUUGCCGUUUUCUGGUGUUGCUAGAGCUUAUGAAGUAAGAAAACUAUACCAAUUAUGUGGACCUUAUAAUAUUAAUUAUGCUAACCAGAUUUAUUCAUGGCCAGUAGUGGAGUUAGAUUAUUGGUUUGCCAUGGUGGUUAUUUUGAGCGUAACGAGUAUGACAGACAGACAAUUUAUAAAUGUGGUAACUUAAAAGCCGCAGUAUAUAAGGGAGGCGACUCACUACAGCAAUUCAAAGUUCAUAUCGGGUCUAUAUUGAGCUCUGAUCCAAACAAUUUGAAAAUUAUAUAUGAAGAAAAUGAACACUUAGUUGAUUUAAUAGAUGAUGGGGAUGUAUCGUGUAUGUUGAUGGUGGCCUCCAAUAUAAUCCUAUGUGUUGCAAACCAACCAUCACAACCAAAUCCAGCGGAGCAUCAGCCCUUCGUUCAUGCAUCUGCUCCAUCAACAAGAGAUAGCUACCCUUCUGUACAAGUGAACGUCCCUACAUCGAGUAAUACAGAUGCAAUGCAAGGGUCUAAACCCGAGGGCCAGCUUGUGAUGGAACGUGAUGUAGACGACACAAUGCCCUUAGAGCUCCCAUUCAUAUCAACACGUCCACGGGUUGACCUAGUUGUGAGACAGGAUUUCGAGACAAUUGUGGAUUUAUGUAAUCUCUUAGUUGAUUACGCAAUAUAUCAUAAUUUUGUGAUGAAGUAUCAUAGAAAUGAUCAUGAAAAAGUGAAUGCAUACAGUAAAGGAGCACCGGAUUGCACUUGCCAACGGGUUGCAAAAAGGAUUAAACCUCAACUAAAAGACCAGAUGACGCUCAGACCUAUAGAUAUUGUAAAUGAUGAUCAGCAAGAUCAUGGGGUCCAAUUAUCAUACAUGCAAGGUUGGCGUGACAAAGAAGUUGCAAGGGCAAUGAUCUUAGGUUCAGAAGUGCGAUCAUAUACUGAGCUACUUCUCUAUCUUGAGAAAUUGGAUGUCACUAACCCUGGAACUAUAUCAGUCAUACAAACCGAUGUAGAUAGGAGAUUUGAGUGUCUAUUUCUUAGCUUUCGUCCAUGCCUCAAUGGAUUUCUGUAUGGUUGUAGGCCACUGUUAGGGUUAGAUGGGAUGUUCUUGAAGGGAACAUAUCUGGGGAUCUUAUUGGCUGCAAUAGCCACAGAUGUUAAUGGUGGCACGUUUCCUAUUGUGAUUGCAGUGGUAGAGAAUGCGCACACUAAAAGUUGGAUAAGGUUCUUAGAUAGAUUGAAUUGGGCGUUUCUUCAGGAAGUAAGAAAUUUACCACGUCUAACAAUUUUCUAUGACCGCCAUAAGGGUUUGCAAACUGCAAUUAAAAUUGUAUUCCCAGGAUGGUAUCCAGGUCAUUGCAUGCGCCAUCUUGUAAACACUUUCAAGAGGAAAUGGAGGAGCAAAGUACUCCUAAAGAAGUGGUGGAAAGUCGCACAUGCAUUAUCUACUGAAGGGUUGGAGGAAGAUAUGUUGAAAAUUAAAGAGAUAGAUAAAGUGGCUUAUAUUCGGAUGAAGACUAAAGAGGAACAUGAGAUGCCUCUCAUCCCUUUGUGCAAAAACUUAAGAAUAAAGUUAGUGAAGAGAUGGGCUGAACGUCAGCAGGAAGACAGAAAAUAUGAGAUCCAUAAGGAGAUGGCCCAUGCUGUAGAUCUUGAUGUCGAACCUGUACUUGUAGUAUGGGAGAACAACGGGUUGCCGUGUACCCAUGCAAUUGCAGCUAUGUAUCACUGUCACCUCCAUCCAAUCCAAUUUUGCGAGAUGUAUUUCAGAGAUCAAGCAUACAAGACCACCCAUGCAAUUGAAUUCUAUCCUGUACCAAACUCGAUGCCUCUAACUGGAGCUUUUAAUAGAACUGUAUAUCCCCCAAAUGCCAAGCGAUGCCCAGGAAGGCCAAUGAAGCGGCGCAGGCAAACAGAAGAGAAAUCCACCAGGGGUUAUGUCUGUAAACGUUGUGGUUAA